CCCCACGGGAGCGCGCCCCCUCUCUCUCUCUGAACGCAACAGCUGCAUAGUGAGUGAUUUGCAAACAUUGAAAGCAAGGCAAUUCGUCCGGCUAACAAUUGGCUAACUCAGCUAAUCAGAUUUCCAGAAAGAAAGAAGCUACCAAACUAACACCCCAUAGAUAUCGUUAGUUACUAUAUUGAUUGCUGGCACACAAUAAGAAUACCUGACGAAGUCUGAACAUAAUGGUAGGUAUGGAGGGUUUUGCCUGUCAGGACAAUUCCUCUAUGUGAAUCACAAGAAAUCAACUGAUCAAGUUUAUGCCCCAUUACCUGGCAGUGACUGGCAAGCCUCGACUGCUUCUCUUCUACAGGAUGGAUCAUACGGGUUUACUGAAACUCUUAGCAUACACACUGAGCUGAAAUUUAAAAAGUGUUUGGAAAAAUUUAGCAUGUUCCACGGUAGUGUUCCAAGUGUUAUGAGUAUUUGGUAUUCUAAUGCAUGAUGUCCUUCAUGAGAAUUUCAAAUGAAUGACUCUUGUUUCGCAUGUCAUAUUGUUUCAUACAAGCUUUCAACUCAAACGAAAUAAGAAAGAAAUAGCCAAGUAAAUUCCUGCUGACAUGCCUACCCACCCAUUGAUCCCAUAUGUGGAAAGUCCUGAUGGACUAGGUCAUGAUAUACUCAGCCACAGCAGUGCAAGCAUGCCUGGUACUGGAUCUAGCAUGACGCCCCACACUAGCGUGGUGGAAAAACCAGACACGUUGGCAGAAAGUAGCUUACCUCUAGACUGCAUGUUUUGCGAGGAGACUUUCCUGCAUCAGGAAGACCUGGGACCACACCUUCUUUCUCAGCAUCCCACAACAUUCCACGCUCCUGCAGUGUUGCGCGUGGAAGCGGAAUUCUUAACUCCCAGUGAAAGGGCUCAUUCUAAAACCUGCCCAGCUGUGGAAAAGAAUGAGGAGCUCUGUUGCGUUGUGUGCGACCAGGCUGUUGCAGAUGCAACUGAGCUGGAAACACACAUGCGGAAACACAAGGACUCUUUCACGUACUGCUGCGGCCUCUGUGGACGUCGUUUCAAAGAGCCGUGGUUCCUUAAAAACCACAUGAGAACCCAUGGCGGAAAGGCUAAAAACAAAAACCAGGACCUGGAGAGCCCAGCCACCGUUAAUGAGGUCAUCCAAGACCAGCCCCCAUCACCUGUGGUCACAUCGUACAAAAUGUGCAUGGUAUGUGGCUUCUUUUUCCUGAACAAGGAAGUUCUGGCUGAGCACAGCAAGGUACACAACCGUGAACUGGAAGUGGAUGAGAACGUAUCCUCCGACAGCCAUCGUAAUGAGGAGCUUCCUGUUUCUCAGAAGUCAUUUUUGCAGACCCUACAAUUGCAUCCUUCGGGAGCAAGAGAAGAAGCUGAACAGAAUCACCCAUCUGGACGCUGGAUAUCCCAACUUGAUCCCUUCAACACCUACCAGGCCUGGCAGUUGGCCACUAGAGGCAAGAUCGCAGCAGGUCCGAACUUGGCCAAGGAGCUCAAUGCUGACUCCAACACUGACAAUGAGGACUCUGGUUCUGAAAAAGAGGAACUGGGGGCCAUUUGGGCUUCUGAUGGUGGAGAUAAACCCAGGCGAGGCCUACGAAGUGAACUUAAGCCUAGAGAGACUCCUUCCCCAUCACCUGAGCAAAAGGGUCUGAUUCGUAAGGACAAGCCAACAAACUGUGAAGAGUGCGGCAAGAUCUUCAGGACGUACCAUCAGUUGGUCCUCCAUUCUCGAAUCCAUAAGAAGGAACGAGGAGGAGCAGAGAGUCCCACCAUGCCUGUAGAUGGUAGGGCCCAAAGCGUAGGCUCUUGUAGUAGUUCAUCUCUUGACCGAGCAGAGGAGUACUCCGAGGAUGGCUCCGAAGAGGGAGUGCCAGUUGACGCCUUUAAUCCAGAAAAAGGUGAGGAUGGAUCGGGAAAAAUGAAGCUGAAAAUUCUCGCUCCAAGAAAAUGUGGUUACUGUGGCAAGACUUUCCGCUCAAACUAUUACCUCAAUAUUCAUCUCAGGACACAUACUGGUGAAAAACCUUAUAAAUGUGAAUACUGUGACUAUGCCGCAGCACAGAAAACGUCUUUGAGGUACCACCUAGACAGACGUCACAAGGACAAACCUUUCACAGAAAUCCCGAACAUUCCUGCAACAUCAUCUGCAAGAAGUAUCAUCAAGGUCAUUGAACCUCCCAAGAAUGUAGAUGACAAAAAAGCCUUAAAACCAGCCAAACAAUGGCUUGCUCCUAAACCUCUCCCUGCCAGUGUUAAACAUGAUCCUGGCAUGAGCAAAGCCGUUAUCAACAGCACAGGUCCUUCCAUUCAAGUCAAGCAAGAAUAUGUUAGUUCUCCCGUCACAACUCCUUACACCCCUGUGGGUGAGGUCAACAAAAAAUACCUGUUACCGGUAAACCCGAAGAUGGAGGAGGAGAAGGCUACCGAAGCACCUUUGAAUUUGUCCCUCAAAGGGCCACUUCCUGUAUCUGCUACCUCAGUACCCAGAAACCUGUUACCAACCAACACGUGUACCUCUUGCUCCUAUGAAACCCUUUACCCCGAGGUUCUCUUGAUGCAUAAAAAGCUCAUCCACAAGGAGAAGUUGGAUGCCAAGAAGAAUGGAUACAGGGAACCACAGAAACCAAAACGGUACACUGGUUGCCCUCCGGCUCUUGAGGGCAAAGACGUCACUCCUUUGCCCCACAUCAACAGGAAGCAUCCCCGUCGGACCAAAUCCCCAUUGCGCCAGCCGGAAAAACUUGUGGAGAAGCUUCCAAAACAACCUCAGAUGUCUAAGAUUUCUCCUGCAAAAGAUCACUGGAGGGAUCAGAACCAGGAGGGCCAAAGGAGCAGGGAAUUGGACACAACCAGCUCGCUUUCUAGAAACUUGGAGCAAGAAUCCAGUAGAAAAUUAAAAGUGCCAUUGAUAAUUGAUCGAGAGUUCUCCAAGCAGAGGCCUGGUCUGGAUCAGGAGAUGAAUCAGAGGGCAAGCAUGGGCAAAAAUGGAAUAGUUUGGCCCACAGAUCCAGCUAGACUUUGCCUUUCAGACCGCUUCCGAAACUUGACACAAAUGGAUUUCGGCGAACCGUCUAGCAAGAGACACAAGUCCUUUGAGCCUCUACAUACUGCAUCUGGGCGGCUUGGAGAGGAUUUCACCCAAAUUGUGCCCUCCAGCAGAAAUGCAAAAACCUCGUUGCAGGCAAACUCACCCUUGGGUUCAGUUAAGGUGACUCCCACUGCGUCUCCCAACAGCAUGCAGGCCGACUGGAAUGUCAUCAACCUGCUCCGCACCUACACGCCCAACAACCUGUCCUCACUCUAUCACCCCACCACUGCAGGUUCCAGCCACACUGUUAUGGCCUCACCUGUCUCUGGGAGCAGGUCCUUGAUCUUCCCUCAUUACUCUACUAGUAUGACUCAGAGAAGAAUCCAAACCAGCCCUCUGAGUAAUGAACGCUGUGGACCUUCAGAAAAGAGCUCUUAGACCUAUCCAGGCUUCGAAAUACUCCGAUUAAAUGCUGAUGGCGACUGUGGGGUCCUUGGCUGGGAGAAAAGUUGAACUGAUUUGAUGUUGCUCACUGUUCUUCAGACACUAACACUGAAGGGAUUGAUAUGUUGGAAGAUGUACUGUGGAUACGGGCCUGAGCUCUGAGAAUGAACUUGGACUGCAGCCUUGAACAGUGUUGUUUUGAUUCAAUUUGCAUUCCAUUAUGGCAAUAGAAUUAUCUGCGGUGCACUUAACACAAAGCUGAACGUCAGACGCACUCCGUGCAUGACAGUUGACUUGUGAAUCUGUUGUGGGUCGGUGGUUUAUGAUGAUGGCCUCAAUACUAAUAAUCAAACCACAAGCCCAGCAAGUGCCUCCAUUACUUUUUAUUAAAAGCCUAAAUACAUGAGUGGAUGGCACUGACCAAAUAAAUAAAGAGGGGCACUGUGUUUUUUUGCUUUCCUCUAAUCGUGCCUGAGUUGUUAAUGUUUAACAUCUUUUUUGCAGGUUAACUUUAUGCUAUGCACAGAACGGGAAGUCGAUAGUUUCCGAAGUUAGAAAGCUUCUCAUUUGUACAAAAUCUAGCUGCUGUGUUACCGUCUCGGAUGCGAGACUUCUGAAGCAAUGGUGACGUACUGUACUGUUGUAUAAGUAAAAUAAAGAAUUGCAGGGACUGCGUGGAACCUCUUUCACUGUGACAAAGACAUUCGACGGGAUCCUCAGGACUGAUGAGAAACAUAACUGUGAUUUUGCGCAUCCACUGCUGAGCAGUUUCUGCCAAAUAUGUGGUGAGCAUUUUUGAUGUGAUUGUGAUGUUUUCAAACACCAGAAUUUUGUUAUUGUCUUUUUUUUUUUUUUUUUUACUUAAUAAUCAGUUGUAUUUAUUUUCAGACAAGUGUGUUGCUUUAUUAGGUUGUAUGUGGAAAGGUGGCUUAAGCUCAUCAUGGUUUCUGUUACUGUCUGCGUUCAGUAUACCAACUGAAGAAACAUCUUCAGAUUUGGAGAGUUAACUUAUUUUGUAUUAUUUAAGGGGCUUUCAUGAGCUUAAGCAAAUAAGCUUAAUCGUAUUUCAUUGAUGAUAAACUUGAACCAUUUUAUUAUAAUUUUCUUUGUUUGCUUCACAGCACAAUGAUGAAUCGCCCCUUUUUUAGUUUUCUUGUGAGUCAUAGAUCGGUUAGGCUGAGUGGUAAUGGAUUUCUAUUCGACUUUGGUCAAAAACCAACGCUGCUUCAUGCUAAAGACAGGUUCGAUCUGUCUUUCUGGUUUUUGUCCUCGCUUCUGCUCAGUAUUGCGACUCACACCGAAUUGGGUUUGUGUAGGUAGUUUGGUUUAAUGUCUACAUGUGUUUGUAGUUGUUUUUUUCUCUCUAGGGUGUACCUGUUCCCAUUUAAAAUUUUUCUUUUGCACUUUCACUGAUGACUUUCUCUUUAGAGUUCCUUUGUUGUGGCCAUGUUGCGCCAAAGGCGUGCAAAAACAAUGAAGCCAAGAUGCUUUUUCUUCCCGCUGGUCUCGUCCAAUGUUUCAUGAAUGAUGCUGUUAUUUUUGGUCUUUAACAGAAUGUGUAGUUUGGAUUUCCAAUCUUGUAACCCACCUUGUUAUAAAGCCAGGUGUAUUAAAGGGCUCAGGCCCUCUCUAGAGGCAGAAUAAAGCAGUUGUGCAAACUGGAAGAAAAGUCAGAUUGUGUUUUUCAUUUUCAUCCGAGUAUUAUUUUGUCUUUGAUCUUGAUUGUGGAUAUUUAUUGUAUAAUUAAACUUAUGUCAUAUGCUUAAAAUGUGCAGUUAAACAUACUGUACAGUUUUGCAGGUCAAGUAGUCUAUAUACAAACUACCAGUGAAGUGCUAGUUAGUCUUUUUUUUUUAAUUUAUAUAAAAGUUCUUAUGAAGAUCGAGACAGAUUAAGCUUUUUAUGAUCUAGUUGUGUGUAGCUUUCGUGAGGUUUAGGUGC